AUGAAAUCAUUCAUCACAAGUACUGAUGUCCCAAUAGGUUACAAGACACCUUCUUUCCCCUCGUUAUAUUGGCCCAUCAACGACCGGCGCUAUGACACAGCUUUUCUGUAUUUCAUAGAGGACAUUUGGAAGUUCACAUUGUACUGGACUUUCAUAUUUAAUGGAGCAUUCUACGGUGGAGCUGGUCUCUAUGCAAGUUUGACCCACUGGAAACGCGGUGGAGGCCUGUGGAUAUUUGGCAUAUAUAUGCUAUAUGCGGGGGUGCAAGGAAUGAUAAUAGGAACUGUGAUGGGAUUCCUAAUCGGUGCAAUAUACAGAAGUGGACUAUUUUCUAUGUCUACAUGGGUGCCCAUGUGCUGUGCAGUGGUCCAGAUAUUAUUGGAUGUUACUAUGAGUUAUUCCAUGGUAGGAUCAAUUAUGUGA